CUCAUUAACCCCCACCUCGAAAUAUAACAAGGCAGUGCUUUUAGGAAACCCUCUCAUUCCCAUCUUUAAAAAAAAAAAUACAGUCCAGGUCAGCUGAGCAACCCUGGCAUGCAGCCCAGUGCAGAAUCCGAGUGGGCAAAGGACUCAAGUGGCUUACAUUAUAACUGCGUUGAGGAACCAGAGGUUAUAGUUAGCCGAAUUGCAGCUGGCUUCUCAAAUCAGGCCCAGCCAGCACAAUGCUGAAUGCAAGAAGCGUCCUGGUAACAGGAUCCAACCGGGGCAUUGGCUUGGAGCUGAUCCGGCAGCUGCUGGGAAAAAGCAAGCGGCCAGAAUGGGUCUUUGCUACCUGCAGGGACCCAGAGGGACCACGUGGCCAGGAGCUGAAGGGUUUGGCUGCCAAGCACCAUGAAAUGAAGAUCGUUCCCCUUGAGGCCACAGAUCCAUCCAGCAUCCAGGCUGCUGCCACUGAAGUAACUGAAACGCUGCAAGGAGCUGGGCUGAACCUCCUGAUCAACAAUGCAGCGAUUGCAAGGCUGAGCACUCUGGAAUCGGAGACGCCAGAGGACAUGUCUGAGCUUUACAAAAACAACACAAUAGGGCCCAUGCUGGUGACCAAGGCAUUCCUGCCUUUGCUGAGGAAGGCGUCCCAGAAAAGCCCCCAGAAAGGGAUGAGCUGCAGCAAAGCUGCCAUUGUCAACGUCUCCAGUGAAGGAGGUUCCAUCACUAAUGUCCUCAUGUGGGAUCUUGGGCAUUUCAUCAGUUACCGCUGUAGUAAGGCUGCUUUGAACAUGCUCACGCGGUGCCAGUCACUGGGAUAUUCAGAAGAUGAGAUCCUGUGCAUUGCAUUGCACCCUGGAUGGGUGCAGACAGACAUGGGAAGUUCAGAGGCCCCUCUGACAGUGGAUGCAAGUGUGAGAGCCAUACUGAAAACCCUUGGCCAUCUCUCUGAGAAAGACAACGGCACUUUUGUGAACUGGGAGGGGUCAGCCGUGCCUUGGUGACAAGACAGGGCAAUAAAAAUGUGAAACUUAUAGAAGGGCCAUCUUCCUUUACUUCAUACAGGAGAGGAAUGUGGCUGCAAGAGGCAAACUGCUUUACCUAUUCCUUCAUCUUUUCCCAUCAUGUUCUAGUAAUUUAAUACUAAUGAUUGCCAGUCUGUUUAACGGCACUAUCUAUUAAGAGGUGAGACUUUGUCCUUGUAUUUCUACUGAGUUGGACUCCUGGUCCGAUUUACAACAAAUCAAUUUUUUAUCAGCAGAAGGGCAGGUUGGUCAUGGCAAAGGCAGCCUCUUUGGCACUAGCAGCUGAAAGAUGUUUUUACAAGCAGUCAUGGGAUGGAUUGUUCUAAGGAGCCGUGGCUCUUUGUCGCUUGACAUCUUUUAUCUUUAAUUAUGCUGUGCACAUGGAUUUUGUUGCAACUGUACUUACUUGUAAAUAUGUUCAAGACGAUUAAAAUCAUUAAUUAUUCAA